AUGAUUCAGACAGACAGACUGUACUCUGCCGAUGACCUAUAUACCAUCCGGCAGAGAGAUGACGAACCAUUGCGUGAGUAUGCCGCACGAUUCAGCCAUGAAUACUCGAGAUGUCCGGAUACCGAUGACAGGGCAGCCUACGACGCCUUCAAGAGUGGCCUACGGUCCUCACACUUUCUGUAUCUGGUACACAACAGCAAUUGGCGUACGUACGAUGAACUCAUGAAACAAGCGGCAGUCCACGCCAAAGCUGAAUACUUCAACUCGAAGGCCGAACCUAUACAGCGGCAGGGUACCUUGAAAGCCAUACAGCGUUCCUCUAUGGUACAGGCAUCGCCGUUCGCGCCAGCUGCGCAAACUGCUGGGUACCUUGAAAGCCACAAACGCAAAGAUGCCGGAAGCUCCCAAAAGGGGCAUUCCAAGAAAAACAAGAGCAGGUACGGCAGGGACAACUACCGAGCUCCACUACCAGCACAUAACCAGGGGACGGAGGUGUUCACCUUGCUCAAUACCUCCUACGAAGCAGUGCUGAGGAACGAAAAUGAGAUAAUCCCGAAGCCAGCAUUCCGAAAGCCCAGUCGGGAAGACGGCAGGGAUACAGGGAAAUUCUGCCGAUACCACCAGCAGAACAGCCACAAUACUAAGGACUGCAUAAGCCUGCGAAAGAUCGUCGAGCGGUUGAUUCGGGAAGGCAAACUGGAUCAAUACAUAGCCAGGCCCCAGCAGGCGCCAGUGCCGAACGCCACCCGGCAGAUCAACAUGAUCAGCACGAUCAGCGGAGGCCCGACCCUGGCCGGGGCAUCCAACCGAUCGAUAAAGCAGCAUUUCAGGGCGGCACAGUACCCCCAAGUCCUCGGCAUUGAAAGUAGCCGCCACACAAAGAUGCUGAAAGUCAGGUGGGAACCCAUCACCUUCUCCGAGGAAGAAGAGGAAGGGAUCAUCUACCCACAUAACGACCCUAUGAUCAUUCGAGCCGAGAUUGCCGAAUUCGAUGUCUGCCGAAUCCUAAUCGACAAUGGGAGUUCGGUAAACGUCAUCUUCGCCGACGCAUUCAAAGAACUCGGGAUAGAUGACAGCCAGGUCAAUCGGCAACUCUCGCCUCUCCUAAGCUUUUCGGGAGACCUGGUCCAGCCAAUCGGCAGUGUCAGUCUGCCAAUCUCUUUCGGCAUAGCCCCACGAAGGACCAUGGUCUACGACCAGUUCCUUGUGGUGGACUGUCCUACGGCGUACAACGUUAUUGUCGGCCGAACGGCGCUCACGGCAAUAAAGGCCCACUUGUCCCCCCACAUGCUACUCAUGAAGUUCCCAACCUGCUACGGCAUGGGAGCAAUCAGGGGCGAUCAGUUGAGCGCUCGGAAUUGCUACGCCACAGCAUUAAAAUCGGCAGUUCCCCACAAGCAAAAGGAAGCCUUCACGGCAAUGAACCGGAACGCCCAUUCCGGUGGGACAACCUGCCGAAGAUCUCGAAACGGUGGCGCUGGACGAGCGUCAACCGAAACGGUGUGUAAGGAUCGGUACCAUGCUGAACGCCACCCUCCGUGCCGAAUUCAUCCAUUUCCUUCGGCAGAAUUCGGAGGUCUUUGCCUGGUCCUACAACGACAUGUCGGGCAUAUCCCCUGA